AUGGAGGCAACGCCACUGUCUGAUUCUGAAUUCGAUACCUGGUCGAGGACAGUGAGGGACGACACUAUACUGACAGAGGAUAACAAGAAAACCACAAAGGAGUUCGAAUUGGACGAUGCAGCUAAAAUAUCUUCUAAGACUGAUGCUAACGUCAUUGAAAAAAAAGAGACCGAUUCAGAAAACAAUGUAACCAUUGCUCAGGAUGAUGGAAUGGUGUCCUGGUUUCAAAGAACUAUCGAGUUUUUUGAAGUCAAGCAUGACUCUACCGACUCGGUCGAUCACAAGCCCGAAAGUCCAAUUAGGACAUUUAAAGAUUUGCGGGAGUCACUACGUGCCACAUACUUAUACAACGCAGAACUGCGGCCUGUGGAAGCUAAGAGAAGAACGUGGACUUGGAAGCAGUACAUUUUUUUUUGGAUUUCUGGGUCCUUUAACGUUAAUACAUGGCAAAUCUCAGCCACUGGGUUACAGUUAGGGCUUAACUGGUGGCAGACUUGGAUCUGUAUUUGGGUUGGGUACACUUUCGUCGCAUUUUUCUUGAUACUGGGCUCUAAAGUGGGGAAUAAUUACCAUAUCUCUUUCCCCAUUUCGUCAAGAGUGUCAUUUGGCAUCUACUUCUCCAUAUGGAUUGUCAUCAACCGUGUUGUCAUGGCAUGUGUCUGGAAUUCGACAUUGGCUUAUAUCGGUAGUCAGUGUGUCCAAUUAAUGCUAAAGGCUAUCUUCGGUGUUGAUUUAAAUACUAGGAUCAAAGACACCAUAAAGAACCCCAAUUUGACGAACUUCGAAUUCAUGUGCUUCAUGGUCUUCUGGGUCGCGUGUUUACCCUUUCUAUGGUUCCCACCUGACAAAUUACGUCAUGUCUUUGCACUGAAAUCCGCCAUCACACCAUUUGCGGCAUUCGGUUUUUUGAUUUGGACUCUUUGUAAAGCCAAAGGUCAUUUGGCGUUGGGUUCUUUGAACGACAACGGUGGCGCCAUCAGCAAGACUGUUUUGGCAUGGUCUGUCAUCAGAGCCAUCAUGAGCGCCCUGGAUAACUUUUCCACUUUGAUCCUAAACGCUCCCGAUUUCACUAGAUUCGGUAAGACCUACAAGUCAUCUGUUUAUUCGCAAUUAGUUGCCCUACCCGUCUGUUAUGGCAUUAUUUCCUUAAUCGGUAUAUUGUCUGUCUCCGCAGCCUAUACGCUAUACGGCAUUAACUAUUGGAGUCCCCUAGACAUCUUGAACAGAUACUUGGAUAACUAUACUUCGGGGAACAGAGCCGGUGUAUUCUUAAUCUCUUUCAUUUUUGCAUUUGACCAGUUGGGUGCUAAUUUGUCUGGUAACUCUAUCCCUGCAGGUACCGAUCUGACUGCACUAUUGCCUAAAUUUAUCAAUAUCAGACGCGGUUCUUAUAUUUGUGCUCUGAUAUCGUUGGCAAUUUGCCCCUGGGAUUUAUUAUCAUCAUCAUCAAAGUUCACUACAGCAUUAGCAGCGUAUGCGGUUUUCUUAAGUGCUAUCGCAGGUGUCAUUUCAGCUGACUACUUUAUUGUCAGAAAGGGUUACGUUAAUAUUUUCCAUUGCUACACCGACAAACCUGGAUCUUACUACAUGUACAAUAAAUACGGUACGAACUGGAGAGCGGUGGUGGCUUAUAUAUUUGGUAUCGCUCCCAAUUUUGCAGGAUUUUUGGGCUCAGUGGGAGUUUCCGUGCCUGUUGGUGCUAUGAAAGUUUACUAUUUGAACUAUUUCGUCGGUUAUCUCAUCUCAGCAUUGAGCUACUGCAUUCUAGUAUAUUUCUACCCAAUUAAGGGUAUUCCAGGAGAUGCCAAGAUAACUGACCGUAAAUGGCUUGAAGAGUGGGUUGAAGUGGAAGAAUUCGGGACCGAAAGAGAAGCGUUUGAAGAAUAUGGUGGUGUUUCCACUGGCUACGAAAAAAUACGAUAUGUUUAA